AGUUUCCUUUUGGAAAGAAUUGAAAACACACGAUGGACUGUUACUAUAGUAAAUAAAAAUUUAAUUUAAUUGUAAAAUUCACUUAAUAUAUCAUUAAUAUAUAUUAUUAGAAGAAUUGCCAUAAUUGGCAGUGUCAAUUAAAAUCCAGAAUGGCGAGCUUUACCAAAGGUCUGUUUACAACUUUUCGCUCGUGGAUUCCUCAGGUGACAAUUGUUCGACACAGAUAUUAUGCAGAAAAAAUAGAGAAUGGCCCUCUUAUUAAAAGAUAUGGUUAUAAAGAUAGAAUUGACAUGAAAGGUCUUUUGGCUCGUGAAAGUACAAAGCGUGUUCGAUCUAUGCCUUUGUAUCGGCCAAAAGAUGCUUGGUGUGAACAUAGAGCACUUUUUGGUCAAAAUGACUAUAUUGAUAUACUAGGAAAUGAUGCAUUACAUCCAACAAGAAUUUUAUAUAAUAUUCCCAAAUGGUUACGAGGUGUAAGUGGAAAUGAAUAUCAAGUGCUAUUACGAAAGAGAAAAAUAUUUAAACAAGGUAUUUAUCCAGUAAAAAGGCCAACCAAGUGGGUAGAAUUACAAAAACGAAUCAGAUAUUUGUACAGAUUUUUAAAUCGAAAAACAAAAGUUGGAGCAUGGAAGAAACAUUGAAUUGUACGAAAAAGUAUUCUAUUAUUAUCAUUAUUAUUAAAUAAAUCUUUUAGAAAACA